AUGGCGACACCAGCGGCGCCCUUCGAUGACCAGAAAGAUCGUGCAGCGACGAUGAUACCGAAGCUUAUUCCACGAAAUCGCUGCAGGACAUCAACAGAAAACAGAGAUCCUGUUCCAGAAGCUCCACCACUUCCGCCUCAUCCUGAGCUUGGAUCGAUAAAAUUCGAGAAACCAAGACGACGAAUCUUGUCAUCUAAGGAUCAUGCGACCUUCCUCUUAUCUCAAAGUUACGAUCUUAUCCUCUCAUGGAUCUUUACUCUAUCAGACAGCGUAAAGUCCAGAUCGUUGGCCUAUGUGGAUAGAAAAAAGCUGUCUGCCACAAUCACGCGAAUCAGUUCUGUUUUGACCUCUAUCGAGAAGUCCAUUGAUGUUAAUCCGCCAGAAGAUACUGGCUCCCGCUUUGGCAAUCCAGCCUUUCGCGGCUUCCAUGAUGACCUUGUCAUAUAUUCCUCGUCGACGUACCCAUCGAGUCUAGAGAUAACUGACAAUAGAGCGAUCAAUGAGCUGCGUGUGUACCUCAUGAACUCUUUUGGCUCAAGGGAGCGGUUGGACUAUGGAUCUGGCCACGAGCUCAACUUCAUGAUGUGGCUUUUGUGCCUCUACAAGUUAGGACAUCUACAAAAGCCGGACUUCCCUGCUCUGGUCCUAGUGAUUUUUGUCCAAUACCUUCAAGUGAUGCGCAGGAUACAAACGACAUAUUACCUGGAGCCUGCGGGCAGUCAUGGAGUGUGGGGACUGGAUGAUUACCAUUUCUUACCCUUCCUAUUUGGCGCGAGUCAGUUGAUAGGCCAUCCUUACAUCACACCAAAGGCGAUCCACAACAACGUUAUCCUAGAUGAAGAAGGUGAUCAAUACCUCUAUUUGGAUCAAGUCAGAUGGGUUGACAGCGUCAAAACUGUAAAAGGACUCCGAUGGCAUAGCCCCAUGCUAGACGAUAUCUCCGGCGCCAAAAGUUGGCUCAAGGUUGAAGGAGGCAUGAAGAGGAUGUUUGUGAAGGAAGUGCUUGGAAAGCUGCCUAUCAUGCAGCAUUUCUUGUUUGGGGGCCUUGUCCCUGCAGCCAAAGGAAUGGGAGAAUGCACAACUGAAGAGCAGGAUGAAAGGAUCAAGCACCUUCAAGAACACGGACACGAAGCAGAUUAUUGGGGAGACUGCUGUGGCAUCAAAGUCCCAAGCACCGUUGCUGCUGGUGAGGAGAUGAGGAAGAGAAUCGGUGGUGGAGAAUUGAGACCAAUUCCAUUUGAUUGA